AUGACCAAGAUCGCUAGUGUCGAGAUUGACACGCCCGCCAACAAGGGCGAGACAAAGAUCAGGCGCUCUUACCGGGCGCCUGAUCGUAUGCUCGAACGUCCCGCCGAUGGCAUCGAGACUAUGGCCGAUGUCUUCCUUACCGCCAAGAAGCGCUUCCCCAACAAGCCCAUCAUGGGCUGGCGAGACGUGAUCCGAAUGCACGACGAGCAGAAGGAAGUUUCCAAGACCGUCGACGGCAAAGAGGUCAAGGAGACAAAGACCUGGCAGUACUACGAGCUCUCGGACUACAAGUACAUCACCUACAACGAGUUUGAAGAGCGCAUUCAACACGCCUCGAGCGGUCUCGUCAACCUCGGUCUCUCCAAGCAGACCCGCUUCAACAUUUACGCCGCUACCGCCAUCAACUGGCAAAAUAUGGCUCACGCCUGUUUCCGUCAGAGCAUCCCCUUCUGCACCGCUUACGAGACUCUCGGCGAGGAAGGUCUUCAGCACUCGCUCAACGAGCCCGAGGUCGUUGGUGUCUUCACCAACGCAGAGCUGCUUCCCACCCUGGCCAACGUCAUCGACAAGGCAGAGACCGUAAAGUACGUCAUCUACGACGGCAAGCCCGACGACAAGCACCUCAGCAAGGUGCGCGACGCAGUAUCCGCUCGCCAGGGCAAGGUCGUCACCAUCGAAGAGCUCUGGGAGGAGGGCAAGGCCAACCCAGCCGAGGGUCACCUCCCGACUCGAGACGACGUCGCCUGCAUCAUGUACACGUCCGGUUCCACCGGCGCUCCCAAGGGUGUCAUCCUCACCCACGGCAACCUCGUCGCUUCCAUUGCAGCCGUAGAGGUCCACAUCGGCGACCUCCUCAAGCCCGACGACACCUUCCUCGCCUACCUUCCGCUCGCCCACAUUCUCGAAUUCAUCGUCGAGUGCGCUUUAAUCUACGUCGGUGUCACCAUGGGCUACGGAAAGGUCAAGACGCUCACCCAGCAGGCCGUUCGAAAGUGUGAUGGAGACAUCAAGGCCUUCAAGCCCAGUAUCAUGAUCGGCGUUCCCGCCGUGUGGGAGCUCAUUCGAAAGGGUAUCGUGGCCAAGGUCAAUGCCGGCGGUGCGGUCAAGAAGUCGGUCUUCAACGGUGCCUUGACCAUCAAGAAGAACAAGAUUCCUCUUCUCACCUCUGCAGUCGAUUCGGUCGUCUUCAAGGCCGUCAGGGACCAGACCGGUGGACGCAUGCGCCUUGCACUUUCGGGCGGUGCGGCUCUUUCCAAGGAGACGCAGGAGUUCCUCACCACCGCCCUCGUCACCAUCUUGCAGGGUUACGGUCUCACCGAGUCGUGUGGUAUGACUGCCAUUCUUCAUCCCGAAUUCUACUCGUACGGUCCUUCGGGCGGUAUCGUGCCUGCCAUCGAGGCCAAGCUUCGCGACGUACCCGAUGCCGGCUACUUUUCGACCAACAACCCUCCUCAGGGUGAGGUGCUCAUUCGCGGUCCCUCCAUCACCAAGGGCUACUUCAAGCGCGACGACGUCAACAAGGAGUCCUUCGAAGACGGCUGGUUCCUCACCGGUGACGUCGGGCAGUGGAACGCGGACGGUACGCUUCAGAUCAUCGACCGCAAGAAGAACCUCGUCAAGCUGUCUGGUGGUGAGUACAUCGCCAUCGAGCGCCUCGAGAGCACGUACAAGUCGUCGAACCUCGUCUCCAACAUCUGCGUCCACGCCAGCAGCGAUGCCAAGCAGCCCAUGGGCAUCAUCUUCCCGCGCGAGGACAACCUCACCGCAGCGGUCAAGAAGGCCGGCAUCAACGGCGGAGACCUCGAAGAGCUCUGCAAGAACAAGGAGGUCGCCAAGCUCGUCAGGGACGACGUCAACCAGGCAGGCAAGAAGGCAGGCUUCAAGAACCUCGAGAUGCUCCAGACCGUGCUGCUCGUUCACGAGGAGCUGGCCAUGACGGCAGCGCAGAAGCUGUCCAGGAAGGACAUCAUCAAGAAGUACGAGGACCAGAUCAAGAAGAUCUACAUGUGA